GGACGACGACGUAACUCCGGCGGCCCGAACAGUGGUUGGCGAGCGCGAGAGGGGAGGAGCAGGAGGAGGAGGGCAGGGGCGCAGACGGAAGCGCUCUAUCGAUCGAGAAAGAGAGAGAGGGAGAAUUGAGAAGCAAUCGAUGGACUGGAGCAUGGGGGAGUAGAUAAAUCCGGAAAUCAGUAUAUCCUGUCUGUCAGUCUGUCUCUCGGGGUGGGCCGAUCGGGCGGGGAGUGGGGGGGAAGCUCGAAAGAGUGUUGUCCACUGCACCAUGUGGACGACGCUUAAAUUGCCUGCGCCCGCCGUCAAUGUGCCGAGGGAUGCUCCUCUAGCGCUCGGACGCUCGCCUGCUGUGGCCUCGGGCAUUGCUGGUGGUGCUGGUGGCCGGCGCUGGCGCGAUGGGGCAGUGUGCGGAUCGGGCUUGGCGCCAGCUCCUUCUGCUUCUUCCGUCCGCAGCCGACGAGGCCGAAAAAUCCCCGACCCGUGCGUGCCCUUAGCAGCAUCGCCGUCUCGUGCAGCAGAUGACGUCGCGCGCUGUCGAAUUUCCUCCUCGCGGUCCAGAUGUUCGAUUGGUGUGACCCGACUCUCUCUCAGUAGAAGGCAGCCACUUCGUGUGCGCAGCAGAACAGUUGUGAAUUGUAGGAUGGCCGACGAAGAAGCGUUAUUGUCUCCCGGUUCCAGCUCUGCCGCUGAGCUGCGCGAGCGUGAAGAGCAAGCUAGGGAAUGGGCUCACCAGCCCCGCCGCAUCGCCUUAUUUGUCGAACCCUCUCCAUUCGCGUACAUUUGCGGCUACAAAAAUAGGUUUCAGAAUUUCAUAAAAUACUUACGGGAGAUGGGCGAUGAGGUGCUUAUCGUGACCACACACGAAGGAGUGCCGACGGAGUUUUGCGGGGCGAAGGUCGUCGGAUCGUGGAGUUUUCGAUGUCCGUUGUACACUAUACUUCCACUCUCUUUGGCUCUCAGCCCCCGAAUAUACCGCGAGGUAGCCGACUUUAAGCCAGACAUUAUUCACGCAUCGUCACCAGGAGUCAUGGUCUUUGGAGCGUUGAUCAUUGCCAAGCUCUUGAGUGUUCCAAUUGUCAUGUCAUAUCAUACCCAUGUUCCUAUGUAUAUUCCAAAAUACACUUUUAGCUGGCUAGUUACACCGAUGUGGUGGGUUAUACGCUUCUUGCAUAGGGCUGCGGAUCUUACUCUCGUCAUGUCAAGCGCCCUCGGCAAGGAGUUGAAGGCGGCAGGUGCUGCAGCAGCUGAUAAAAUUGGGAUCUGGAGCAAGGGAGUGGAUUCGGAAAGCUUCCAUCCACGUUUUCGGAGCCAGGAAAUGAGGGUGAAGCUGACGAAGGGUCAGCCUGCAACUCCUCUAAUCGUUCAUGUCGGUCGGUUGGGAGCGGAAAAGAACUUGGAAUUUUUUAAAUUGGUAAUGGAGAAAAUACCAGAGGCUCACUUGGCUAUCGUUGGUGAUGGACCUUACAGGGGGGAGCUUGAGAAAAUGCUAGAAGGGAAGAAAGUCACGUUCACUGGAAUGCUGCAAGGAGAGGAGCUGUCUCAGGCAUACGCAAGUGCCGAUGUUUUCAUAACACCCUCAGAGACUGAGACACUCGGCUUUGUAGUUUUAGAAGCCAUGGCGUCCGGUAUUCCAGUGGUAUGUGCUCGAGCAGGAGGUAUCAUUGACAUCGUGAAUAAGGAAGGCGAGACCGGCUUCCUGUACACUCCAGGAGACUUGGAUGACUGUGUGGGAAAACUGAAGGAUUUACUUCACUCACCUGAAUUGAGGAGAAAGAUAGGAUCUGCAGGCCGCGAGGAAGUAGAGAACUUUGACUGGAGGGCGAGCACAAGACAAGUAAGGAACGAGAUGUACACCACUGCGAUUUGGUUCUGGCGUAGAAAGAGAGAGCAGCUGUCUAAUAGAUUUUCAUGGUGGCCGAUGCGACCUGCCCCUGUAACUACUUGAGGAGAUACGGGUUGCGAAUAUUUCUGUACAAUCUACAGCUUCUUUGUAUCAUUGCCCCUGCAUUGGGAGGGGUCCUCUCUUUCCCUCACUGUAUCAUUCUCCCUUGCUCGUCAGACCCGUGUCCAAAUGUAGUCUCUUUCAGUAUAUAUUGGUUGGUAGAUGUGUUUUACACAGAAGACCAAAGCUUGUGGAUCUGCUACCAAUAACACUGUUGUAGCAUAGUUUGAUAUGUGCGGUCAGCGUCGCUGUGGCACAUCCGUAACUGAUACGAGUAUGCGAAACUGACCUGUCGUCACAUUCUCGUGCAUUCUAUGAAAGUCGAAAAGUGUAUCAGAUGUCCCCUGGGACUUACUGAAGCAAUGCAGAGUUUCUUCCUGCUGUGUAAGAUUUCUUUGCUUUUGUUCUAGUACGAGAUAUUGUG